UGCCGGGUCCCUGAGGUGAAAGGUUGCUACGGCGAGCAUCAAUGACCAAUAGAAAUAAGGGGGGAAAGCGACGACUUGUUUCAAGUACAGCGUUGCACAGAGGACCAUUAUAUUUCAAGUUCACUUUCUUCAAAGCAGCUGUCUGGUGUUGUAUAGAGUCGCCGGCACGUGUCCACCUCACCCAGCCGGUAAACAGAGUGUGUGGAAUGCUGUGGAGAAGGAGAGAUGGCCGGAGCAUUGCGCGAUGCUCGCUGCUCUUGGUCACUGCUCUGCUGUUCGCCCACGCACACGAGUCAGAUCCGCAUGGCCACCCGGACGUAGCGGAAGGUCACCGGCCGAACAUGCGUCUAGACAAGAACAUGGUUCAGGACAAGGAGCACAUCAUGGAGCAUUUGGAUGGAGUAAUCGAUAAGCCGGAGUCAGACAUGUCCCCCCAAGAGCUGCAGCUGCACUACUUCAAAAUGCACGACUAUGACGGCAACAACCUGCUGGACGGGCUUGAGCUUGCUACCGCCAUCACGCAUGUGCACAAAGAGGAGAGGGGAGAGGAAAGUCAACCAAUGAGAGAGGAAGACCUCAUAAAUUUGAUAGACGAUAUCUUGAGAGACGAUGACAAAAACAACGAUGGGUACAUCGAUUAUGCAGAAUUUGCCAAAUCUCUCGAGUAAAGGAAUGGGGUAUUGAGAAACUGUGAAAUGUGCUACAAGGGUGAACAUAGUCACCUUCCUCUUUAAAAAAAACUGCUAGAAAGAAGCAGCCUUUAAUUUGCCUGAGCUAGUGAAAGUAUUUUGGACUGAGUUGGCACUAGCUCAGCUGUACCAGCAUAAGUGGUUAAUUUCAGUUCAAAUGUAGAAACUGCCGAAAAUGUCUGCUGUAUGCAAUAAAAUCAUGAUAGUAAUGUCCCUGUA